UUUCCCCGAUACCCCCACAUGCCAAACCCGUCUUCCUCGCCGCCUCCCUGCUUUCUCCCUCUUUUCAAACCACGUCCCGUCUCGGGAUUCACCUCCUCGUUAAUAAAUCUGCUUCCAAACCACGCAGACGCAAUCGCCGGCAAGCCGUUAAACACUUGAACCCUGCAAAUCAUCCCAGAAAGCAGAAACUAGCUCUGCCUCACAGUCACAGUGACACUCCCCCAAAAUGGUCGAAUGGAAGAGGAGCGAUCAGAUACCGGCAUUCGGGAACUGGGAUUUGGCGAACGAGCUGCCCAUCACUCAAUACUUCGAGAGCGCCAGGCAGGCGGGCCUGGUUCGUCACAGCUCGUCGUCGGGAGAGAGCGAUCUCUACGCCCUCGAUUCUAAGAAUCACGCGCCUCCUAAAAAGGCGAGGAGGAAGAGGAGCUCCAAUGUGAAGGAGAACGGGAACAUGAAUGUGAAGAAGCAAGGGAAGGUGUGGGACGUGAGGGAGCCGCCGCCGAGACGGCCGAAGCCCGUGGACCAGGAUCUCUAUCAGAUCCCUCCCGAGCUCCUUCGCACUCCCAAGCGGGGUAGAAUGCUGGGAUUCAUUUCCAGGUGCCUGGUCCCCAGUGGCUGCGUUUCCUGACGAUCCUUCUUGGUUAUUAAUUUCCUGCGGGGCUUUUUGCUUUCGAAUUUGAUUUGUACUAAUUGGAGAGGGUGGUCAUGUGAAUUUAUGGGUGCAGCCUCUAAACCCAGGAUAGUCCCUGUGUUCUUUUUUAGUUUUGAAUUAUUAGCCAUCCGUUUUCUUUUUCA